AUUUUCUCGGGCGUAUCGAUUAAUGCACAAAUUUGGUUAAGUGUAUUUUGCCUACUUACCUUUAUAAAAGUUUAUCCUUUGGUAGUUUAUACAUGUUUUGAUUUUUAAUUAUACUUAUUUAUAAAAAUAAUAAUAAUGAAUAUUUGGUUUACUUUUGCUUUGGUUAUAGCCGCAUUUACGUCGGCUAAAUGCAGUGAAGGACAAUUUUAUGUUCUACACUCACCUGAAACUGUGAGGCUAGUCAAAGAUGUUUCAUUAAGUGUUAGUCAACUACCCGACAUUUUCUCUUCCGUAUUUGGUUUCACCGUAGCAAACGAAAAAGAAGCUUGGGAUAAAUUACUGGUGUCUGAUUUGUUUGAGUGUCCUGAAGCUAUUGUAAAUAUAAUAGUUCCUGGUGUUGAAAAUGCUGAUUUAACAGUUAAAGAAGGGAAUCAACAUCAUUUAAAUAAUGAUGAAUCUAUUGAUGCAACAUUUAACACCUUAGAAGCUAGGAUCAAGAAGAGGUAUCCACAAGACAUGACUAUUAUGCGAGUUAUUCUGAACGAUGAACCAAUCGUUACAGGUUCGGAUAUAUUCAAACCAAUCGAGGAAAUAGAUGAGUCUUCUAAAAUUGUUACCGAGCAUCUAAAUUUACUUAUUGAUCAAGACUCGAAAUUCUUAGCGGAAAUCUACCAGCUAAAUGCCUUGUCCGAUACGAUUAAAACAAAAGUUUCGCCCAAUGGCAUACCUGACUUAUACUGGAUUGUAGCGCCAAACCUUAAAAUCAUCACUUCCCAUUACGGUGCAGAAUCAUAUGAAGCUGGUGAAGCUAAGAAACUUUUAUCCGAUGCUCUAAACCGUUUAAGCCAAUCUUUUAGUGAAGCUUAUAGAAAUAAAGUUUUAGUUACUGCUGUUGUUACUAAAUCUACAGAAUUGCGUAGGUCAAAACGUCAAACUGAUAAGGAAGUGGAGCUGAACAUUGCUGAACCCGUAUCGGAUGACUACCCUGUCAUUUUCAAUCUAUUGUUAUGGUUUACUGUCGUCUUUGUCUUUUCCCUUUUGGCAAUUUCACUGAGCAUUGCUCAAAUGGAUCCUGGCCGUGAUUCAAUCAUUUACCGUAUGACCAGCAAUAGAAUGAAGAAGGAAAAUUAAAUGUUGGACACGUGUGUUAUUUAUACGAAAAAACUUAAUUUAAACGUAAUUUUGUGUUAAAAAAAAUCCAUUCCACGUGUAUAUUUGUUUGUGUUGUAUAAACUAUCAUAGUUUAAUUUUAUUUAGACCAAAAUCAUUGCAAAUUCGCAAUAUCAUAAUUAUUUUUGUUUUGUCUUUCCUCCUUAGUGAUUUUAGUAAUAUUCUAAGUAGUUGUAAAUAUUGAAUUUGUUCACGAUAAUAAUAAGAAAUUAAAACUUAAAUUAGUACUUUGUUAA